GGAAAUAAAACCCACCCUCACAACAUCACCCUCCUUCUCAAACUUCCUCCCAACCAGCGCGCCGAGCUCUGGCAUCGUCUUCCACGCAAACAGCAGAGGCGCCGUCGCAAGUCCCAGCUCCAAAUCCGCCCCCGCUGGCUUGCCGAGUUCUUGCUCGCUCCUGGUGUAGUCGAGCAUAUCAUCCACCAGCUGGAACGCCAAACCCAGGUUCUUCCCAUAGGCAUACGCCGCAUCCACCGUCGCCGCAUCACUUCCACCAAGCAGCGCCGCCGCGCGACAGCUCUUGCUGAUCAGCGACGCAGUCUUGAGGUACGUCUUCUGGAGGUAAUACGUCAGAGUCUCCUCCGACCAUUGCGGGUUGCGCUCGUCGCGCGCAGUGUUCUUCAGCUGCAUGAACUCGCCCUCCACCAAGUUGGCAAUGACCGUAGCCAACAGCUCGAUAACCUCGGCAUGACGCAACCUCGCAAGAGCCACAGACGCUCUCCCGAGAAGGAAAUCACCUGCCAGGACAGCCAUCUUGUUGCCAAACUCGAGGUUGGCAGAUGGUGAGCCUCUUCGGGAUUCAGAGUGAUCAAUCACAUCGUCGUGAAGCAGCGAAGCAGUGUGAAUCAGCUCGGUGAUCUCGGCGAGUCUCCUUUGCGAAGGGAGAAUGUCGGGGUGGUCGUUCGUCUCGGCUUCGGGGGCAACGGCUGUCGCGGAAGGGUUGAAGUCGGAGAGGACGGAAAGCGGGGAGAUGGAGCUGUCGAUGCCCAUCGAGGCCUGGAGAGUGGCCUGCUGCCUCUGGGGGGCUUUGGGGCAGAGGGAGGUGGCGCGCGACAUGAGCAGGACUAUUAGUGGCCGGACAUGCUUGCCUUCGGCUUGUGUGUAGUACUUUGCUGCUCUGUCCAGGGAGGGGUGGCCGGACCCGAGGAGUUUCCUGAUGUUGCCUGUGAGAAACUUCAUCUCCUUGGCGACGAUCCGUAGGGGGUCGACGGAGGGCAUGUCCCCUCUGGUGGCGCGGGUGAUCGCAUUGUUGACGAUGUUGCCGGCGACGGAGACGGCGGCAGCCCAGGCGGAGGAGUCUCGUCUUCCGGUGUGGAAAGGAGCUCUGGACUGAGCUAUCCUACUAUCGAGGGGAGCUCUGGAUCUGAGGCCCCUGCAUUUCUCUCUGGAGGUGGGAUGUUUCCCGCACACACUCGUUCCCGGUCGAAUCCUCCUCUGUGAUAUCCAAUUGACCUCUGUAGGUUUACUGUGUGGUCAUCUGCCGUAUCCGGGAGGAAUUCGACGCCGAGGUAUCCUCCGAAAGCCGUGAUCUCCGGCCCUGUCGUACGAAAGAUCUCUACGCACACAAGUUGCUUUAGGCCGGUGAUGUGGGUCCCGAAAACUUCCUUUCCGAUAAUUUUUUGGCAUCCGGUUCUGAAGAAGGUGGCGUUCUCGGCUUGUGGUUGUGGCUGGUGGCCUCUGAGGACCCACCGGGUGCCUGCAUCCUUGCAAGCUUUGUGAGGCUUGGCGAUCCGUCAUUCUGGGCCGCAUCAGCUUGAGCUCCAACAAGCUCUCGGCGGCGUCGCAAACAAAACAUUGUCUUCUUACAUAUCAUCAACACCCAACCAUGGUGCUCCUCACAAUGACCCCCUCCAUUGUGGAGGCUCUGCAAAUCUGGGACAAUCUAGGCUACCCAUCAAAAGACAAGCUCCAGGCAGGCAAAGACGACCCCGCGCUCGACGAUGCCGCUGUCGGCAAGCCCAUUCUACACUCACAGAUCAUCGAGCUCUGGUUAAUACUCAGGGAUGCCGGGCAUGAGGAACAUACUUUGGAAAACAUGCUGAAAGGCGCCUGGGUCUACGUCCCACCACCACCACCAAAACCAGAACCAUCAAACGAAUACAAAGCCUUGAUGGCCCGUCUCCGGCGCGAAGAAGAACAACGAGCAUACGAGCGAAUGACCAACCCACUUCCCCCAACCGAGACCUUUGCUCAACGAUUUCCUGCUGCGAAUAUGGCGAGGAGCUUUGCUGCUGUCAAUCGAGUAACGGUCGAUAAAGACCUCGGCGAUGACGAUGUUACAUAUAACGACGUGCACAGACAGCUGAUGCUGAUACUGAACUUUAUGGUCAGUAUCCUGGGUGUGGCAGGCACUCUGUGGGUGUUGGCCAGAUGGUGGAGCACACCAGCGCGACUGUUUCUGACUCUGGGGGGAAGUCUGUUGGUGGGUAUUGCUGAAAUUGCUGUAUACUCGGGAUACAUAUGGCAUUUGGGUGAGGCGAAGAAGCAGGAUAAGAAGUUUAAGGAGGUGAAGCAGAUUGUACAGACGUGGGCUGUUGGAGUGGAUGAAAAGGAGGAGGCCACUCUUAUUGGGGACAAGAGCUCGUCAGAUGAGAAUACGGAUCUCCGGAGGCGCAAGAAGGAUGCUCAAAUAUGA